GCAGGCUAACCGAGGAGCUAGCUAGCCAGCAACGCGUAGCAAGCAGCGCAAGCAAAGCUCCGAGCGCCCGGCCGGCUAGCUUCGCCAUGAACAUGGGUGGAAGGUCCCCGGCGGCGACGACGAUCCGGUGCAAGUACUGCAGCGCGAGCCUGACCGUGUGCGCCGGCGAGCGCGCCAUCCAGUGCGCGCAAUGCUGCGGCGUGACUCGCAUCCGGCGGUCGCUGUCCUCGCGGCUCCCGCUGCCGGCGCUGACGAGGCCGGCUUCCGUCGCGGGCUUCCCGCCGUGCGGCGGCCGCGGCAAGAAGCGCGCCGUCCUGAUCGGCAUCACGUACGGCGGCGCGCGCCGGGGCUGCGGCGAGCUGCGGGGCCCCAUCAACGACGUCAAGUGCAUGAGGCAGCUCCUCUGCCAGCGCUUCGCCUUCCCCAGCGACGGCAUCAUCAUGCUCACUGACGACCAGAAGGACCCGUUCCGGGUGCCCACCAAGGACAACAUCCGGAUGGCGAUGCAGUGGCUGGUGCAGGGGUGCAGCAGCGGCGACUCCCUGGUGUUCCACUUCUCUGGGCUGGGCGCGCAGGUCGCCGACGCGGACUGCGACGAGCAGGACGGGUACGACGAGGCCAUCUGCCCGGUGGACUCGUUCCAGAAGGGCCCCAUCCUGGACGACGAGAUCAACGAGACCAUCGUCCGGCCGCUGGUGCCCGGCGCCAAGCUCCACGCCGUCGUCGACGCGUGCCACAGCGAUUCCGUCCUCGACCUCCCCUUCCUCUGCAACAUGUCCAGGACCGGGAACUGGCAGUGGGAGGAUCACCGUCCACCGUCGGGCGUCUGCAAGGGCACGAGCGGCGGCCAGGCGGUGCUUAUCAGCGGCUACAGCGACGGCAAAAGCAAGUUCAGCAUGACGCCGGAGGCCUGCGCGGCGGUGGGGGCCAUGACCCACAGCUUCAUCAAGGCGGUGGAAUGCGAGCCCCAGGGGGUCACCUACGGCCGCCUGCUCACCUCCAUGAAAGCCAUCAUGACCAACGCCGGCGGCUGCAACCAGCAGCUGCAGGGCGCCUGCGCACCCGCCCGCAAGGUCGUCAACUUCAGCGGCGUGCAGGAACCUAACCUGUCUUGCUCGGAGAUGUUCGACGUCUACCGCAAGCCCUUUGCGCUGUGAACCUCCUCUGCAUUGCCAUUGCCUUUGCAGACUACCACAGAUUCCCGUCUGGACUCUAUAUAUAAAUUACCGUGACGGAAUAAUAAACCAGACGGAUUUAUAUUAUAUAUGAUGAUAUGUCAUAAUGUGUGCCUUAAUUGUCUUGCGGCCAAUAAUGUGUGUCCAUGUGUCGAUCGGUUACCGGCCCUGAGCCAAGCUUAUAGCCUGUGGACCGACGACUUUGUUGACCAUUAUAAAUACAAUGUUGAUAAUGUUUAUA